GGAGGUGGUGGUGGUGAUUCCAUGCCAUGUUCACCACCAAUCUCAUCAGCCCCAAAACCCAUGGUGGGAUUGCAUGAAACAGGACCAUCUCCAUUUCUGAAGAAGACCUUUCACAUGGUGGAAGACCCUGAUACUGACAUCAUCAUUUCAUGGACUGCCUCUCAAAAAAGCUUAGUAGUCUGGGAUCAUCGCCAGUUCUCUACCAAUCUGUUGCCCAAAUACUUCAAGCACAACAAUUUCUCAAGCUUUAUUUGCCAACUUUACACUUAUGGUUUUAAGAGGAUUGAUUCAGACGGAUGGGAAUUUGCCAAUGAAGCGUUUCAAGGAGGGAAAAAACAUUUGUUGAAAAACAUAAAGAGGAGAAAACAUAACCCCCAAAAUGUGCAGCAACAAGGAGUCAUGAGACCCUAUCUCAAUUCAGCCAAUUUCGGAAUCGAGACUGAGCUUGAAAAACUAAGGAAUGAGAGGAUGAAAAUGAAAAUGGAAAUCAUGAAACUAAAACUACAACAAGAGAACACAGAGAGUUACUUGGCUGCGGUUAAGGAGCGAAUAGGAAACACCGAGAAUAAGCAACAACAUAUACUGAUAUUCAUGGCCAAGGCAUUCUCGAAUCAGGAGGUGUUGACAACAAAUGAUUCGGAAGUGGAAAAACUAUUCUCUGCUUCGUUGGACGUUGAAAGUAGUCCGAGUGAGGACCAAAAGAUUAAUGCAUCUCCUGGACCGAUGAGUCCGGAUUUGAGCUAUGAGGAUUAUAUCUUGUGGGAGAAACUAUUGGAGGAUGGAGUGAUUUGUGAGAAUGGAUCAGCUCAAGUUGAAGCAGAGUUGGUUCAACACCAAUCCAAGAAUUUGAUAGCCAAGCCACCAGAUUGGGGUUUGUUAUGUGAAGGACUUGGUGGAGCAACUGAGCUGUCUUGA